AAAGGAAAUGAUGAUUAUAUAUUGGACAAUAUUUUUGUUUUACGCCAAUUUGGGUUGUGCACUUAACAAGGAUGUAAUCCAACCAGACCCUGUGAUAGUUACACAACUGGGACAAAGUGUAUCUCUCACUUGCUUUUGUCAUUCUAAUUUGAUAGUCAGAGUCUCUUGGUUCAAGCAAACUCUUGGACAGAAGCCUCUUCUCAUGGCAUCAUCAUUUUAUCACACUCAAAAUAAUCUUUAUUCCAACAACUUUAACAAAGACUUUACUGAGACUAAACGUUUGAGUGUGAAGAGAGGAGUUGACAGCUUCAACCUGACCAUCUCCAAGACAGAGUCAAGGGACUCAGCUACAUACUACUGUGUUGCUUUGGUAGUAAGCAAAGUCAAAUUUGGAGAAGGAACUGUUUUAAUUGUCGAAGGUUCAGAGUCCAACAGCAUGUCUGUGCUCCAGCAGCCUGUGUCUGAGUCAGUCCAGCCAGGGGACUCUGUGACUCUGAACUGUACAAUACACACUGAGACCUUUGCAGGAGAACACAGUGUCUAUUGGUUCAGACAUGGCUCAGGAAAAUCCCAUCCAGGAAUCAUUUACAACAAUGGAGACAGGAGAGAUCAGUGUGAGAAGAGCCCUGAGGCUUGUCCUCCUACACAGAGCUGUGUCUACAACCUCCCCAAGAGGAACCUCAGCCUCUCUGAUGUUGGGACUUACUACUGUGCUGUGGCCUCAUGUGGGGAGAUACUGUUCGGGAACAGGACCAAGCUGAACAUCGAAGUUUCAGACCUGUUGGGCGAUCAGAGUAAUCUUCUUUUCCUCAUCAUUAUAUCUUGCCUGACAACUACUGUGAUUGUGAGUGUGAUUGUCAACGUUAUCCUCUGUUUGAGAAUGAAGAGGUCACAAUGUGAACACUGUACAGCAGGAACCCCUUUUCAACAAUGCCACUAUGGGAAUCCUCAUUCCAACACCUCAGACCAACAGCUCCACGGUGACGAUGAUGGCCUGAACUAUGCUGGCCUAAAGUUCACUGACAAGAAGCCCAGGAGACAGAGGAGAGAACAGAGAGAGGAAGAAACCAUCUAUUCUGGUGUGAGUUAUCAAGUCAGGAUGUGACAGUCCUCCAAUCAGCAUCAUUUUAAGUUGAGCCCUACUGACCUCCUUUUUGAGCUAGACUGUGUCUGUGUGACUUGGCUGUUUUGUACUUUCCUCAUUUGUUAUACAAUGUAAUAGUCGGGACAAGCAGAAGAGACUGUCACUGCAUUGGCAUACUCUCCUAAUAUCAAUGUAGAAUCAUUCAGAUGCAGACUUGUAUAAUAAUUGUUCAGCAAGUGUGAAAGCUGACACUAGGAUGGCUUCAUAAGUAUAAAAUCAUCAGCAAUAGUGGCUGAGGUUGACUGACUGGAUAUAUCUGCUUUUGCAAAAAAUACUGUAUGUUUAAUGAUUUUGCAAAUGUCUGAACUCUUCCUUUUGAUGGUAAUGGUUGUAACAUGGAACUCUGUGAACUGUCUUUAUGCUUGUGCGAUAUUUAAAUAAACAUGUUUUUAGUU